AUGCAACGAGCAUUCCCGUUGCCCGUCAAUGUCGGCACUGACAUCUGCCAAAUCAGUCGCAUCAGCGAUAUCCUGACGAAGCACCAAUCGAAAUAUGCGCAUCGAUUCAUCCGCAGGGUGUUCACUCCCCAAGAGCAAGUGUGGUAUCGACCGCGAUUAUUACCAUUGAUCGAAUAUCUUUAUUUUAUGGAACGAAGGGAGUUCAUUCAAGAGAAGAUAGAAAAUCGACAGACAUGGAGGGCGAAAAGCCUAGAGGCUCUGAUUGGACUUGUUCCAGCGAAAGAAAUACCUCUUCCGAAUAAUACAAGCGCGAAUAGUGAGCCUGUGGGUUCUUUGAUAUGGGCGCCUUAUACCACGCAAGGACAUCCGAAGAUAUUAACAAAAGAGGAAGAGGCAUCAACGUUAAAUCAGUUGAAAGUAAAUCUGCAAGGAGUCGCUAGGUUCCUGGCUGGUCGGUAUGCGGCGAAGGAAGCAGCAAAAAAAGCGUUUAGCAUACGAGAAUUGGGUUUCCACGACAUCACGAUUGAUAACCCAUCUCUGGAUAAACUCAGAUCAAGAGCGCCGAUCACACUUAUAAAAUCUGCAACAGGAGGAGACGAUCAGAUAGUACCGAUGAGCAUAAGUCAUGAUGGAGAUUAUGCGACCGCUGUGUGUUUAUCUUAUGAAUCUGUUACUCCUCCACCUAUACCAGAUUUUCAAGAGAUAGGACCAGAUAUGGGACGCCUUCUCGAGGAAAUGACGAUCAAGCGACUAUCUCUUCCUGUCCCAUCACUGCCACCCAAAUUUACAUAUAGACAUACGUAUCAAGAUUCAACCCUUCCGGAACGGUCACAGAGAAUAUUGACUCCACCCCAGAAGAUACCUGUGAAAUUGAUGACUCCCAUCACAGGAAGGUUGGCGGAAAUAAUGAAAUCUACUAUGGGUGGAUCAAACAUUCCGACUGCGGAGACCAAGGGCGAUCUUGAAGUUUUAGAAGUCUCAAAUCCUGUUCAACCAAAAGUCUCUCUAUCUCCUACCAAUAACCUGGCGAGCAAGAGUACUCUGGAUGCUUCAAAAGACUGGAAUCCUAUUCAACCAAAAGUCUCUUUAUCUCCUACCAAUGACCCGGCGAGCAAGAGUAUUUUGGAUGCUUCAAAAGACUGGAAUCCUAUUCAACCAAAAGUCUCUUUAUCUCCUACCAAUGACCCGGCGAUCAAGAGUAUUUUGGAUGUUUCAAAAGUCUCGAGUUCUGUCCAACCAGAAGCCUCUUUACCCCCUCAUUAUAGCCUAAGGAUUAGAUACCACGCAAGUGCCUCCGAUCCCAUAGAUGUCGAUCCCGUAAAUCCAUUACUCAACAGAAAUUAUCUUACUUUCAAGCCCAGGGGUGAUUUGUUUAGGGACUCCCAGGCGACUGACUAUCCGUGGGAUUCCCCAACAAUUGAUAAUCAAUCAACUAGUCACCCUCAAGAUGGUGAAGUGGUCACACAAAUAUACGAGAAUGAUCUUAUUCCUCAACCUAGUGUUUGGAUAUGUAAUUCUAAAGUAUGUGGUGUUGAAAACAGUAUGGAGCAUCGCGCGUGUGUGAAGUGUGGCACCAAUCAUGAUGAAGGUUGGCUCAAUCACAUAGACCUAGAUAGUGAUUACAACAUCCGAUUGGCACAGGUCGCAAACACCCCUGGUCUUCCAUUCGACAUCGAUCCAGAUAAGGAGGAAUUGAGGAAAGCAAGGGUAGAAGUGCGCCAGUCAAGGCUGAAGACACGAACGGAAAGUAUUUAUGGACUACCGACACAUUUAGAUCCCAGGGUUAUUAAGAAGAAUCUCGAGAAUUGUCUUCGUGUCGAGAGAUUACCCAUCGGAAUCACCAACGAAGAAUUGAUAGAAGGCUUCAAGGGAUAUUGCACAGCCAUAAAAGGAUAUGUGCAUGUGUCGAGCGUGGGUAGUGUCAAAGCCUAUAUAAUCUUGUCACGAAAGACCGAAGCGAAUAAAAUACGACAUCUAGCCCAAAGACCCGAACUCUUGCCAGUGAUAAGGGGACACAGGUUGAAGAUGGUAAAAGCGGAUGACGGAGUAAAGGCUUUUUUGAGGGAGUAUGGGACGGGGGCUCGGAGAUGGGAUUGGAAAGCCGAUUUCUGGACCACGGAUGUAUUCCAUGCUUACGAUAAAGAGGAGUGCGAAGCGCAUGCGCAACGACAGGAGGAGGUAUGGAAAGAAAUCGUAGCGCAUGAAGAGAAGCUCAAGAAUAAGCGGACACUUGAAGCUAGAGUGAAUGCGGAUAACAGGGAAGCAAAAUUGAAGAUAAAAUUUGAUAAAAGUAUGAAGAAGUCCCAGCAGUCAAUGGAAGGAGGGAAGGGUACGGAGUCAUUGGAAGGAGGGAAGGUUACAGAGCCAAGAGUAAAGGAAGAAGGGAAUACUACAGAGCCAAGAGCAAAGGAUGAAGGGAAAGCUGCAGAGCGAAAAGCAAAGGAUGAACGUCCACAGUAUCGAGGGGGGAAAAGACCAAAGGUGCAACGAGGAUUAGGCUAUGAGAACCCAACCUAA